AUGAAACAAUGGACACUUGUCUCCUGCCUCCUAGGAAUCUGUUCUUCUCUGCCGAUUCUUCCACAGCAUGCUGGGAUACCUGGAAUUGGUAGUAUAAGCCUUGAGAGGAUGCGGCAAUUUGGUAGACCUAACAUGCCAAAUGUACUUCCACAGGCUUAUACCUAUGCUGAUCCAUUCCAUUCAAUGUGGAUGCACAAUUUCCUUCCAUCACAUUCAUCCUUCUAUUGGAUGAGGCCAAGACCUCAAGGACAUGAAACUCAACAGUAUGAAUAUUCCAUGCCAGUGCACCCGCCUCCUUUACCAUCACAACAGACUCCCACUCUGCUCCAACAACCUGGAAUACAGGAGCAACCUCGCUACCCCUUCACAAAUCUGGUUCCUACAAGGCAGGUCCAACAGCAACAGUACGAUACACAGCCACCAUUCCAGCAGAAUCCAUUUGCUCUGCCAGAGGGAAAUCAGCCUGUUCUUCAACAACAACUGCCCUCACCAGACAGACAAACACAACAGAACUAUCCAAGUGUACAUGGAACCCAACAAGACCCGGCACAACCACCGUUGCAACGAUCUAUGUAUCCCAGUUUAUAUUACUUGCCUUAUGUAGCAAACCAAGGAGGUACUCCUGCCAGAUUAGGAAUAGUAAGCUCAGAAGAAAUGCAGGGUGGUGGCCUUGGUGCACCAGCCUAUCGAGCGGCAGGCCCCAACUUCUUUGCCCUGGAUGCAAGGUUGGGAAACAUGCCAGUGAACAUAGGUCAGCCAGGGGACUACACGGUCGAAGAUGAUCAGCUUGGCAUAACCGAACAGCCCGAAGUGCAAGGAGGAGCUAACCCAGGGGCUAAUCCGUCUGGCAAAGGGAACCAGGGCACCCCAUUAGAGGCCAACCAGGGUGGUGCCAUGCCAAAUGGCAUCAACCUGCUCCAUCCUGCAAGCCAGAGCAAAGGACCAUCAGACCCUCUGGCACAAGCAACAGCAGACCCUCUUGCGACUCAGGGGCUCCUGGACGGCUUCAUCCCUCCGGAUGCUGCUGACACUGCUAUGCCUCUGGACCCCACCAUGUUCCCCGAAGCCAUAUACACAACCAACACAGGAAAUGAGGCUGGCCUGCCACAGGCAGGUCAGGAUGCCUGGCAUUUCCAAGAGCCCUGA